UUCCCGAAGCUAGGUGGAACGCACCCCAUAGCCGCGGAGAGAGGGAACGCGCGCGCGAGCCUUGGCAAAAGAGAGAGAGAGAGAGAGAGAGAGAGAGAGAGAGAGUCGAGCAGCUGACUCGCGUACAGUAGGCGUAAAGGCGCGUCGACACUCGCGAGCGUUGUUGGAAAACAUGGCACGUCGCCACUAGAAGUUUCCGUACUAUUCGUUAUCGUCGCGAAUGACCCCGUUCGGUGGCGUCAGGAUGAGACAAUAGUGCCAAUUCGUAAAUGGCGCCUCAGGACGAGUCACUCCGGGACGCGCAGGGUCUCGCGCCGCGAUGAAGCUUCCUCCUCGUUCAAUUCAUCGUCAACCCUGGAGCCGAACAGUUGGAGCUGUCGAAGGAGUAGUCCUUCAUUGUAGAGUCGUAGAGUCGUACGUAUAGAGUUGUCGAGUCGCAAGUUCGUAGAGUCGCGAGUGUUCGCUUAAAUCACGAACGAAGUUGUCGCGAAAGAGAUCGCGUUUUCUCGCUGUUUUGUUGUUGUACGAACCGCGCGAAAUAAGCCAACAAGUAUUGUCCGUUUCGGUUAGAUGACGCGAUCGCGGAGUCUGGAUGGAGAGAGGUAAGGCGAACGGAGUAAAUCGUGUUUUGGAUCGUUGAGCCAAUAAGUUGAGGACUAAAUAAUAUACUCGCAAAUCCGAAACGCGAAGCAGAUAGCGACAACGUAUCAGAAAAAACUCUGAAUAGCGCCGGCGUCAGGCCAUUGCGACCGAGGAUUCCUUCCUCCUAUUAUUGCGCCACAACGGGCCUCCGAGUCCCGGUUGUUCUCGCGAUUUUCAGGAAACCAAGGGAUUGAGACCACGGUCCACGGUUAAAACCCUAGACGUCGCGUUUCCCAGGAUUUCCUCCAAAGGCGAGUUCUCGAUCGCCAUCUUGGUCGAGCCGCGUCGGUUAGAAGGACGCCACCACCAUUUUGGACCACUGAAGUUGAAUAUCGCGGAGAAGUACUGAAUAAAGUGUUGAGUCGGUUGUUUUGUAGAAUAUUGUGUGUGAGUCGCGAAAAGUCGCGUGAUUAUUAAAAGUCGUUAAUUGAAUUUAGAAGUCGCGUCUUGAAGCACAGAAAGAUUCGCGUAUUAUUGAAGGUAAAUCGCGUCCUGACGACUAAUUGUGCCGUAAUUAUGAAGUAACAUCGACCGCCGUUUUGGCGAUAACACGAAAGCAUAAAACAAUCAUCAACCGUGACAAAUCUUUGACCGUGGGAAACAUUGUAACCAUAUCGAAUACACCCGGGGGUUGAAGAAUAUAUUAUGACAUUUUUGUACAGCAUAAACAAUAUUGAGUGACGAUUAUUUCAACCAUUAGCCACGCCAGGCAUACCUGUUCCUAGACCUACACGUUGUCCCCUUCUGUAGAUGUAAGAGUCCGCGGUACGGAGAUCGAAGUAAAAACUAUUGUAAAUUGAUUAUUUGCGUCACCGGAAUCGGCUAUAAAAAGCACAUCAUAAAAUUCAAAAAUUAGUAAUUGCACAUUUUUUUGUAAGUGAUUACAGAUACAAAUUUAAAAAAAAACAUGAUAAUAAACUAAUUAAAAAUAAUUAUCAGCAACAAGAUAGCAUGUUUUUUUUCUGAUAUCUUUUUAUGAGAAUACGAGUGUGAGUUAAUAGAUUUUUCAAUGUACUGUCCAAUUUUUUAUUGAGGAAUCUUUUUAUCGUAAAAAUGACACGCAGUAUCUAUACUUCUUGUAUGACAUUACGUUUCUGUCCGAGCUUCCGCUGAUCGAGGCAACCUUGCUCAAGGUAAAAACACUCGAGCCGCUGCUGCUGCGUAAUUCGCACACAGCCGAGAGCUCAUCUAGUGUACAGUACGUUUUGAGGUUAACAUUUGUCAUCAUGGAUUUCUGGAUCUGGUCAUUGGUUCUUGUAGUAGUAACUUACAUAGUGCAUAAGGCACUGGAAAUAAAGAACCACUUCCGGCAGUAUGGGGUACCUCAGCCAGCGGAAAUACCGUUUUUAGGUUUCUUCGGCAAGAAUAUGAUGUUACGUCGAUACUUUGGUCUUGUACUCGAAGAUUUACUGAAGAAUCAUCGCGAAGCUAAGUACAUAGGAGUUCACUCAUUCGCCACUCCAGUGAUAAUAGUGCAAGAUCUUGAACUGAUCAAGGGAGUGCUGGUCAAGAAUUUUGAUAACUUUUCUCAUCGGCGAACCUUUACAGAAGAUGUUAAUGACCCUUUGUUUACGAAGAAUUUAGCAGCGCUUAAUGGUGACAGGUGGCGCGAGAUAAGAAAUAUUCUCAGCCCAGCAUUUACGGCAAGCAAGCUGCGCGCGAUGCACGUGCUUAUGGCCGGUUGUGCAGAUAAUUUUGUAAAACAGGUGAUUGUCAAGUACGGGGAUAAAGAAGAUAUGGAUACAAAAGACGCGAUCACAAAGUAUACCAACGAUGUCAUAGCAAGUUGCGCUUUCGGAAUCGAAGUCGAUAGUUUGAAAGAUCCGAAUAAUGAGUUUUAUUUAAACGGUAAGAAGUCCACAGAUUUUACGAGAACUUCGGCUAUGUUCAAAUUUAUUAUACUAUCAGUUUUUCCCUGGUUGGCGACUAAAUUGGGAAUAAAGUUAAUAGAAAAGGAAGAAUCAGACUUUUUUAUCAAGGUCAUCGAGACAACGUUGAAAACCAGGAAGGAUAAAGGAAUUUACAGACCGGAUAUGUUACAACUGCUUAUCGAAUCUGCGGAGAAAAACGUGAGUUUGGAUUUCCUCGACAUUACAGCCCAGGCCUUCAUUUUCUUUCUCGCUGGUUUUGAAACCGUCUCCAAUCUGCUCUGCAUGAUCGUCCACGAAUUAUCCAUAAAUCAAGUUUGUCAAGAUAAGCUCAAAGAAGAAGUCAACGAAACGAUGCAAAAGUGCAAUGGCCAACCAUCAUUCGAAGCCAUUAACAACAUGAUUUAUUUAGAUGCAGUUUUCAACGAGACCCUGAGGUUACACCCUGUGCCUCUUUUGAGCCGAAUGUGUUCAAAAGAUUUCGAAUUACCUCCGGCUGUUCCUGGUGCGAGACCUUAUGUGAUCAAAGCUGGAAUAGAGGUUGUGAUACCUGCGAGUGCUAUUCACAAAAAUCCCGAUUACUAUCAAGAUCCUGAAAAAUUUAACCCUGAAAGGUAUGUUAACAAGAAAUUGACCACCAGUGACCCAACAGCUCUUGGAUUUGGACUGGGACCACGAAUGUGUAUCGGCAACAGAUUUGCUAUUCACGAGUGUAAAGUUUUGAUGGUUUAUCUUUUGUCCAAAUGUAACUUGCUACCAGCCAAAAAGACUUGCAAUCCGUUUGUGUAUGGUAAGAAUAGCUUUGCUCCAGUACCUGAAGGUGGUUUUUGGGUAAAGAUACGGCCGAGAAAUUGAUAGCGUAAUACGAUUUUCGUCUUAUAUAAAUGACGUUUAAAAAACUAUAUUAGUAAAUACUAACUGUCUGAUAAUACUAUAUAUUCUAAUGUGAUAUGUUUAUAAACUAAUGUGAUCAUGAUCGAUUCAUUAUAUAAAAUGUAUUAUUAACAAAGUUGUAUUAAUUUUUUUACAUUUUCCUGAUAGUUUUAAAUUGUUCAGACAAAAAAUGUAAAAGUUGUACAGUACUGAGUUUAAUGUCAUUGCCUUCGCAGAAACUUAUCUCAUCGAACGACCUUGACUGAAGAUUUUGCACUGUACACUUCCAACUCUUUUAAUCGCCACGCUCUAACAACGCAAUUAGUCAGUUGCGCGCGAACUCUCGUCUACACAAAUAGCUCUGUAUUGAAUGUCAAGGAUCAAUCACCAUGUACCAUUGGCUCUGGAGCAUCUUUCUCCUACUCUUUACCGUACUGAUAUUUUUUACUCUGCACAUGAAUAAUCGAUAUCGCAGUUAUGGUGUUCCACACCCUCUAGAACUACCUUUUCUUGGAUUCCUUGGUAUUGGCUUUUUCAAACGCGAGCAUCUGACUGUAACAUUCAAGAAGGCCUAUAACAUGGCCUAUAAUGCUAAGUAUAUGGGAUGCCACAUGUUUACUUCACCGGUGAUUGUGAUUCGUGAUCUUGAAUUGAUCAAGAGUGUGUUGGUAAAAAACUUCGAUAAUGUUGCCUAUCAUCGAACCUUCUUUGACGAAAGAAAAAACUUCAUUAUCAGUAGCACUGUCGCUAUGAAUGAGCUUCCACUGAUCAUAACAGACUUCUUAAGGUAAAAACACUCGAGCAGAAACUGCUGCGCAUCUCGCACUUGACCGCGCACUCAGCAAAUUUAUUUGAAGUACGUCGUUUGAGUCACCAUCGAUAUCGUUUUUGGUGAUUACCUGCACAGUACACAAAGCACUUGAAAAACAUUAUAAGACUGUCGUUACUCUUGAAGAUAGUCAUAUGGAUGGUCGUUCUAGCCAUGGCUGGGUCGCAAAUGUGGAUUUAGAUUUGUGAAGAGGAAAGAGUCCAAAUUUUUUGAGAAUAAACGAGAAUCGUUUAUGAACAAUUAAA